AUGACAAACACACCUUUCUCUUUGGUUAUUUUAUUCUUCUCUCUUUUCAUGCCUACCCUUAUUUCCUCUUCACCUCUUCAAGACCCUGAAUUGGUUGUCCAAGAAGUAAACAGGAAAAUUAAUGCCUCUGCGGUUAGGAGAAAUUUAGGUUACUUGUCUUGUGGAAGUGGAAACCCUAUUGAUGAUUGUUGGAGAUGUGAUUCCAAUUGGGAAAAGAACAGGCAGAGGCUAGCAGAUUGUGCAAUUGGGUUCGGCAAAAACGCAAUGGGUGGAAAAAACGGUAAAAUUUACGUUGUAACGGACUCGGGCGAUGAUGAUCCGGUGAGCCCAAAGCCAGGAACACUCCGUUACGCGGUGAUCCAGGAGGAACCACUAUGGAUAAUCUUCGCGCGAGACAUGGUGAUAAAAUUAAAAGAAGAAUUAAUCAUGAACUCUUUCAAAACGAUUGAUGGUAGAGGUGCCAGUGUGCACAUUGCUGGUGGUCCAUGCAUUACUAUUCAAUUUGUGACCAAUAUUAUCAUCCAUGGAAUAAAUAUCCAUGAUUGUAAACAAGGUGGGAAUGCUAUGGUGAGGGACUCCCCAGGGCAUUUCGGGUGGAGGACUAUAUCGGACGGCGACGGCGUGUCGAUUUUUGGUGGAAGUCAUGUUUGGGUUGAUCAUUGUUCUUUGUCUAAUUGUGAAGAUGGUUUGAUUGAUGCUAUUUAUGGGUCCACUUCUAUAACAAUUUCUAACAAUUAUAUGACACACCAUGAUAAGGUCAUGUUGUUGGGUCAUAGUGAUUCUUAUAUUAAAGAUAAAAACAUGCAAGUUACAAUUGCUUUUAACCACUUUGGUGAAGGUCUUGUUCAAAGAAUGCCGAGGUGUAGGCUAGGAUAUUUCCAUGUGGUGAACAAUGACUACACUCAUUGGGAAAUGUAUGCAAUUGGAGGAAGUGCUAAUCCAACCAUAAACAGCCAAGGAAACAGAUUUGUUGCACCAAAUGAUAGAUUCAGCAAAGAGGUGACAAAGUAUGAAGAUGCAGCAGAGAGUGAGUGGAAGAAUUGGAACUGGAGAUCAGAAGGAGAUUUAUUGUUAAAUGGUGCAUUUUUUACUCCUUCUGGUGGUGGAACUUCAUCUAGCUAUGCAAGAGCUUCAAGUUUGAGUGCAAGACCUUCUUCUCUUGUGGGUUCUAUAACUGUUUCUUCUGGAACACUUAACUGUAAGAAAGGCUCUCCUUGCUAG